GAAAAGUAAAAAACAUUACCAACCAACACGAUGAGAUUCGGCACCAUUACGUGUUUCUUGCUUUCCUUGCUGACUUUGAUUGCUGCAGAGUUCUCCGCUGAAGAUUGCCGGGAAUUGGGCCUUAUCAAAUCACAGUUGUUUUGUUCAUCGUGCAGCAGCUUAAGUGAUUAUGGACUAAUUGAGCUGAAGGAACAUUGUCUAGAAUGCUGUCAAAAGGACACUGCCAGUGAUUCGAAGCUCAAAGUGUAUCCCAUGGCGGUGCUGGAGGUGUGCACGUGCAAGUUUGGAGCGUAUCCACAAAUUCAAGCGUUCAUUAAAAGUGAUCGACCGGCAAAGUUCCCUAACCUAACGAUUAAGUACGUACGUGGUUUGGAUCCGAUCGUGAAGCUGAUGGAUGAGCAAGGCAAUGUGAAGGAAACGCUCUCUAUAACGAAAUGGAACACUGACACGGUGCAAGAAUUUUUCGAAACACGAUUGGCAAAAGUUGAGGACGAUGAUUAUCUAAAGACUAAUCGUGUUUGAUAGUAAUCGAAAAUAAAAGGAGGUUU